CUAGUGGUUUCAGCCGUCAGACGGACAUUUGAACAGCUUCUUUUUGUUAACAGGACAUUUAGACAGUUAAACGGUUGAGUUUUAGAUACAAUAAGUCUUUACUAAUGACGAUUAUGUACGACUUAACCGUAGCUCGAGAACAGCAACAAUUAUUAUAUGCUAUUGGGUCAUGUGACCAGAAUUAAAAUUUUCUGCUCUAGAAUUAAAAACUUCCCUUUUAACUUUAAAUAAUUUUAGAAGGCUUAUAGAUUGAAAAAGUACCAUGAGUCCAAAGUAGAAAGUUCUUGUCACGACUCUACAAAUAGACCAUAAAUCAGAGAUUCAUCAACAACUUUAAACCUUUGGCUCUCUCUCUUCUCUUCUCUCUCACGACCCCAUAAAACAAUGGAAGACACAGCACUGACAAAGGAUCAGAUCAUCGAGUUCAAAGAGGUCUUUUGUCUCUUGGACAAAGACGGCGACGUAACAGGUCGUAUAACGGUAGAAGAACUUUUAACAGUGAUCCGUUGGUUGGAUCAGAAUCCAACAGAACAAGAACUUCACGAUAUCAUCACUGAGAUCGACUCCGAUGGUAAUGCCACCAUUGAAUUUGCUGAGUUUCUUAACCUCAUGACCAACAAACUUCAGGAAAAUGACGCAGAAGAAGAGCUGAAAGAAGUAUUCAAAGUCUUUGACAAAGACCAAAAUGGUUAUAUCUCUGCCAGUGAGUUGAGUCAUGUAAUGAUAAAUCUAGGGGAAAAGCUAACAGAUGAAGAAGUUGAACAAAUGAUAAAGGAGGCAGAUUUGGAUGGUGAUGGCCAAGUCAACUAUGAUGAAUUUGUCAAGAUGAUGAUCAACAUUGGCUAAUUACUAUUAAUUUGAGGACUAACAAAGCAAAUUAUCCUCAACUGCCUUGUUAGUUUUUGCUUCUUUGUCUUCACUACAUCUCAACAAAUGCAAUUAUUCUGAAAUUAAUUCUAAGAAGCUUUCAGCUUCAGUUUAGUUUUUGUCUCUUGGUGUACCUUUGAGGUGCAGUUUGAUCUCUAUAGCUUGGUAUAUUACAUUUUUGAAACACAAUUUGACUUUUUGUCCUUCUCUCAGUGUUUCACAAGUUGUGACAAAUAUAUAGGACCACCAUAACUAAUCUUGACUAGUUAUAUGGUAAUGAACUAAUAUAAACCAUACCCAAAUUUCAUAUUGUAAGGAAAUAUCAUAAAACCAACAACAUUUAUAAACCCCUCAAACAGAAAACCCAUGUCAUGUAUACAGGAAACCCAAUCCACACAAUCAUUUGGUUUCCUCCCAAUAUCCCAUAAUAAUUUUAGAAAAAACCUUCAAAU